CUCAAGCGCGCGAAGAGUUAAAGCUAGCUCUGAGGCCAACACAGCUGUGGUGCAGGACAGUCAAAGCCUCCCCCCUGGUGUGAUUGUGCACAAGGAGGACGAGAAAAAACGCGGAAGCAGCAAGAGGACCGCCGCAUAUUCGGGCUUCUCGAUCGAUCACACGAAAACCGUACCCGAGCAAGUGCCACAAAAGCAAGUAAUAGCGUCUCUUGCUCUGGAGUUUGGGGAGCGAGAACAUGGCGGCGUUCGGGCAGUCCGGCAAGCAGGUGGACCUGCUGGACCUCGGCUUCGACUCUGUUGAGAUCGAUGGUCCAAGCGACGGAGCUACCGACAGCCAGGCAGGCGGCGCAACAAAUGAGGGUGGAGGGGGUGCUGGCCAAGGGCAACCCGCGUCGCUGUCGACCAUUUCCUUCAACGCUGCGGACGAAGCGAGGCAGCAAGAGCAACGAUCAUCCGAGACGUCUCACGGCGGAUCCUUCCUGGACAACCUCACGGACCCUAGGGCUAGCGCAAGGGAGUACGACGUAGUCUUCGGCCUGAGCGGGGGGGCUAGCGGCCGGCCAGAUCUCGGCCUCACGAUGCAGGCCGAUUACUACGGGAACCAGGCCAUCGUUAAGGGCUUCUCGCUUGUGGAUGGGCGGAUUGGACCGGCACAGGCGUCUGGGCUUAUAUGCGUGGGGGACGUUCUGGUCGCUGUGGGCGGCGACCGAGUGAAGGGGUUGAGCUUUCCGAGUAUUCUAGGAGUUGUACGGGAGGCGUGUCGGGAGCGGGGCCAAAUUCGACUGACUUUCACGGCCGGAACCGGGGAGGAAAGCAAGCCAAGGGCGGAGGACAGCGAGAUGCUUGAGGCGCGAUGGUUUAUACACCAGCAGAAGGCUCGCUACUACAGACCACCGCCACCGUCGGAAGACAUGGUGUACUGUUCCUUGGAGCGCCAUCGAGGCGAACACGUAACAUCAUUCCACUUGAACAGGGACGACACGGGGGAGUUCCUUCUAGCGUGCUCUGUCGACGCAAACCUCCAAGGGCCGAUGCUUUUCCACACUCUUCAGGACACUCACCUUCGAGAGCUGAAGGACAUCCCCACCAGUUCGGACAGCGCCGUGUACUUGGGGUGCAUGUUUCCGAACUUGCUGGGGACAGAGUUCCGCCAGCUGGACCACAGGGUGGAUCCUCGUGACUCAGCCGCGAUGGAGUACGUUAAGGAGAAGGGGAGGAACGAGCUCUCUGCGGUGGUAUACGAGCCGAACGUCAUGGGCAGGCGAGGUACCGAAUGCGAUGAAGGUGCUCCUGAGGAGACCCAUCGCCUCGCAAUCCAGUGGCCCCGACGGGGGGUCGGCCAAUGGGGUGUGAGCAUGGAAAGGGGCGUGUGGGACGAGCCAAUCAUUAAGCGCUGGGAGGACGGAAAGAACCGGCACAAGCCAGCGUUUCGACCGUCGUCUCCUCUCAAGACAUUCCGAAAUAUCUUCAAGAACUUCGAGUCUUCGGACGACCCAGAAGAACAAAGGGCCCAGCAACACUACGCUACUCUCGGAUCGGAGGGGAGCGAUAUCAUCACUUUCGAGACCCUCAGCCCGUCGUGGAACAAUGUUCUGCACGCCUGGACGCUCAACUUCAACGGUCGCGUCAAGAUCCCGUCUAAGAAGAAUUUCCUCGUUGCCCCAGAAAAGGGCAAUCUUGUGAUGGAGCAAGACUUCGGGGAGGGCAAGGUGCACAUCAGACACGGAAAGAUGAGCAAGAGCCGCUUCUCCGUCGACUUCCGUCACCCCGUCAGCCCGAUAGUCGCGCUGGGAGUCUGCUGCAGCACCUUCGCCAACAAGAUGGUCGUCACUUGAUGAGAAGGCGACGACGGUUGUAUGGAUUGGGCUUCCUAGCCGCAUGGUGAAAACGGGCUUCCUUGCCCAGAGGCGUCGCGACGCAUUGGGUGGAUUUGUAUGAUGAUUUAUUUUUCGCACGCAAUGUGCGAAGAUAUUCUAGCAUCUCGCGGUGGUCUGGUUCGUGGCAUAUCAUCCGUGUCUCCUCGCUGUGUGUGUACCCUAGAUGUUGUUGUGAUGUCGCCGAGCACGUGGCGUGAGCACCAUUCCGCUGUUGCAAUGCUUGCGAAUUUCUCGCUCUUCAGUGUUUGUCACAAGUGUUGUUCAAGGCAUCCUGCUGUACCUCGUCUGUUGAGUUGAGGCGUUUUUCGGUGCUUGUUUCGAGGGGGGCGGGUGUUGCCAUUUGGGCCGUGGCGUGUAGGACCCGAGUUAGACUCUAAAUUAAUCGUCCUUUUGAGUCGGCGGUGUUCGCGGUAUAUACCUAGGGAUUGUCAUUCAGGAAGAGUGCGCGAAGACGAGGUUCCUCCGCUGGCACAUAGAAGCGAGUAUGCAAGACUAUUUAUUCACCAUGUAGAUGUUUGCCUAGAAAUUGAUGGAUUGUUUCGAAGUUUGACGACUGGAUUGGCCGGCGCUAACGGAGUGCUCACACCUCCUGCCGCUGUGUAGUGGCUCGGUGGUACACAUUGUUUCCAGCAGAAAUUAAUACCGAGCAGGAACGAUCAAUUAUAUCGCAGCUCCGAAGAAAUGACGAAACAAUUCCC